ACGGAUAGAGCGCAGGGAACAACAUGCGGCACCGGGCGCGGCGCUUUUAGACAGGAUAGAGGGGUAAUAGUGUGGAUGGUGGAGGAGGAUGAAAGGGUGAUAAUGUCCUGUGUAAAUGAAGCUUGGGGCUCUAAAUGGCAACAAGAUUGAGGUAAUGAAAACCAGCAAUUUGCAACUUCCCCGCCAUCAAAGAAAACGAAAGUAACACAAUGCGGCAUGAAGAGUGCAAGGUAGAGCAAAAGAAAAGGAAACGUUCUUGGUCAAACUUACGGUGGUGUCUCGGUGGUAAUAAUAGGCUUCAGGCUCUCCUUCUUGCGCUUCUUAGCCGCCGUCGACGAACCAUUGGCGUUGGCAUUGGCAUUGGCGGCUGCUGGCUGCAGUGGCUCUUGUGCGACGACGUCUUGGGUCUGUUGAGUGCCGUUCAUGAUGGGCUUUGUGGAAUGUGCAAGCUGGAAUGCGAGGUGUCGUCCGGGUCGGGUAGUGUGGGGGACAGGUUGGGGGGACAAGUCGAGCUCGAAGGUCCAGACUGGCAGUUCGAGGGCGGCAGUGCGCGCCGCUGUGACGGCCUGGGAUUGGUGAUGCUUCGUCCUGUGGGUGAGCAGUCUGAGCUCGGGUAUCCGAUUGCAGCGCAGCGACUAGAAGCAGCUGUGCGCAGUGUCAAUCCGUUAUUCCCGUCUGUGAUGGCUAGCCUUGCGCCUCGAUUGGUAUGGUAUCAGACAACUUGACAGUUGAUGCAGGUGGUUCCCGCGUGAAGAUCACGGUCGGACAAGUCGGGCUGCCAGUCGUUGGCAAUAGUAGGUGGGGUGGGAGAGAAAGUCAAGAGACACGAGCCGGAGAGAUCGAGGCGGGGGGAGUGAAGACCAAAAAUGACGAGCGGGAUUUUGCGAGAGAGGGGCGCAGCCGCAGCGUCGAUGUGCGAUGGCGACCAGGAGCGUGGCGACAGGAUCCACGGGGGAGCGAAAAGGAAGUGUGUAACUGGAUCUAAGGUGCGUCCAGUUACUAGCAGCACGCG